AGCUGCCAUUUUGACAAACCGGUGGCUCGCUGCUGCUGCUGCUGCUGCUGCUCACGGCCGAGCUGAGGCAAAGUGGCGUGCAGCGGGAUAAAAUGCUGCAUCCCUGCCGGCGGGCGCCGGAGCUGGCCCCGUGUGCGCGCGCGCACGUGCGCUCCGAGCCCGGCUGCGCGGCAAGUUCCUCUCGGCUGCUCGCCCGGACCGAAAGCUGGUGACCCCCAGGAAGGGUGCCGCCCUCGCCCUAGCAUUGAUCUUGGUCGCUGUCGCCUGUAGGGGAGCCCCGCGCCGGCGAGUGAGCAGGUGUGCGUCUCCAGGCUAGCUCGGUCUUGCAGGCUGCUUGGAGAGAGGGAGGCAAAAAGUCACCCACUCAGGUUGGGGUGCCCUUUCCUAUGAACAGAUUGCUGGCUGGGGAGCAUCUGGCUGUGGAUUUAGGCGGAGGGAGAAGCGGCUGCUGCCGUGCGCUUGAGCUGUCCUGGAAGAGAGGUUCUUGCUGUUCACCUAAACUUAGACCUUGGAGAAACUAAAGAUUAAGCGGGGACUAAGUCAACAGGAACUGGAUGUACAAGGACAAAAAUAUUGACAGCUACAUCUGAAAAAAAUCUCUCGUCUAACCGAAAAACUGACGACUUCUUCAGCAACAGCUCCAGAAUCAAAAUGAAUACAGAUAGUGGUGGGUGUGCUCGCAAACGUGCUGCCAUGUCUGUCAAAUUAACUGCUGUGAAGAGGGUUCAAAGUUCUCCAAACCUUUUGACCGCAGGACUUGAUUCUCACUCUCCUGAUUCAGCUUGGAGAUCAUUUAACAAUGGGAAUAGAGAGGCACUGAAUGGAGACACUGGCAGCUCCUCUCUUGCAGCAAAAGGCUUUCGAAGCGUCCGUCCAAAUCUGCAAGAAAAGAAAUCGCCAGUUCAGGCACCCCCGCUACCUCCUAGGAAAGACAGUUUUAGAAGAUCUGGAAUAACUAAUCACAAGAAGAGUGAUCCUAAUUCCCAGUCCAUAACAACAAAGCAAAUUAAGAAAUCUCCUGAUGCUGAGUCCUAUACUAACAAGGAGUCUGUCCGAAGGGUAAUUUGCUCUAAAAAAUCUAACACUAGUGUCUCUUACACACAAAAGUUAACUAAGCCACUGGCCUCACUCUCCAGCACAAAAACAAUUGCUGGCAUUAGAACUACCGUUCGUCAUGGCCAGAAACAGCAGUUCCAAAAACGCAGAGUUUCAGCCCUGAAAUUAACUCGGGCACGAAAUGCAGCUCGUAGUCUUCCUUGUCAUACAGAACAACCAGCUGUGCCCCUUGAAGCACCAGCAACUGCUCAGAGGUCUGUUUCACCUGGUUGUAACCCUGUGCCUGAGAAACAUAAGGCCUCUCUCUCCAUUCAGAUAGCUCCAAUCCCUGAUAGCAAAGCCAAGCCUGAAAGCCAACAACAUCCACCUAGGCUGCCUCCAGAUACUUCAAAGAUGAUUCCAAACAAUAUUCAACCAACGUCUACAGUUCAUUCUGCACAGUCCACAGAAUGCAAUGUGCUUGGAAACCAGAAAGUAACUGCCAAUGUGAUGGAGGUAAAUGCUUCACAGACCCACAGACAAACUUCAGCUGAAGCUUCAUCACUGCCUCCUCCUCCUCUGGUAUCGAUUAACAGACCCUCCCUCUCACCUGACAAUGGCACCCACGUAACAUCAUUUACUUUGCCAACACGUGAUGAUUUUUGGCCUUCACGCUGUUAUAGAACCCUGGCCCUUUCACAUUUUCCAUAUGCGUACCCUUUCUUAGCUCCUGACAAUAUUAUCCACAGGACUGAAACAGCCUCUGUCAUGACGGACUCGGCCAUGAGCGAGUAUUCCUCUCGCACGGUGAGCGAGUCCUCUACUGCCAUUCUAGAUGAGCUGCAGAGUUGUCACUAUGAUACUACUGACCGUUCUGAAACACCUUCCCCAACUCUGAGCCAGAUGUCUGCCGUGUCAGAUGGCACCACCUUAACCACCUCUGCUACCAGCUCUCAUGCUCAGAUAACAGUGAAUGGAACCUCUAGUGCAGCAGUCAGCCCAAUGAGCCACUUUCAAAGGCCUUUCUCCCCUUCCUUGGCAUACUCUCCACCAUCUUCGCUCAGUUCCAGCACAGUUGCCCUACAGCAUAGUAGGACGAUGGAAUCCACGGAGACCUAUACCCAGCAUGCUCAUUCUGUUGGCAGCAGCGGCACCACCAGUAUAAUGCCGAUCAGUAGAACUUCUGAGGAAGGGAAGAAAGUCACAGUCAUUAAAGCUCCACAUUAUUCAGGGAUUGGCCCAGUUGAUGAAUCAGGAAUCCCAACUGCAAUUAGAACGACAGUCGACAGGCCGAAGGAUUGGUAUAAGACAAUGUUCAAGCAAAUCCACAUGGUUCACAAGCCAGAUGACGACACAGACAUGUAUAAUGCUACAUAUGCAUAUAAUACUGGUAACUGCAGCCCAUCUGUUUCCACUCAAUCACAUCCUGCUGCAAAGACUCAGACAUACAGACCACUGACAAAAAGUACUUCUGAUAACAGCACUGAAGCCUUUAAGGCUUUGUCCCCUGUACCUCCACCACCUCCCGUACCACCGAUUCGUCCACGGCAAAGAUCUGCACCAGAAAAAAAUGACUGGGACCCUCCUGAUAGAAAGGUGGACACCCGUAAAUUUCGUUCUGAGCCAAGGAGCAUUUUUGAAUAUGAGCCAGGGAAAUCGUCAAUUCUUGAGCAUGAAAGACCGACUGAUCGCAUAAACCCAGAUGACAUAGAUUUAGAAAAUGAGCCCUGGUAUAAAUUCUUUUCAGAGCUGGAGUUUGGACGCCCGCCUCCUAAAAAGCUCUUGGAUUAUGUUCAAGACAGUCCUUCAGGUCUUUCUAAUGAGACUUCCUUGUAUUACAGUCCAACAGACAGAGGCUUGGACAGACCUUCUAGCUCUGCAAGUACUGCAAGUGACUACAGGAAAAGGAGGAAGUCAGAACCUACAGUAACUCAGCAGAGGGCACACAGUGAACAAAAUGCAAACCGGGCAAGUCUGGGCCCUACAGUUCCACAGAGUACUUAUUCUACCCUUAGGAAGCCUGUCGUUAGCUCUUCUCCAUCUUCUCCAUCAAGAGCAAAAGGUGGGGAUAUUAGCAACCCAUAUUCAUCCCUUUCCAGUUGCUCAGUGCCCAACCAUAGCACCUCAAAUGAAUCAGAUUGCUGUAGUAGAGCUUAUGGGCAGCGCUUAGCUGUCCCAAAUGACUCAAGAAGGGCAAUCGCCUACAAAAACGGCUGGCAAAUGGCACGCCAAAAUGCAGAAGUGUGGAGCAGCACAGAAGAAACUUCCUCUCCCAAGCGCAAAUCUCGUAGCUGUGAUGACCUGCUAGCAGAUGAUCUCUGUAACUUUCCUGACCCUCAGAAUAAGUCUGAAAGCAUGGUAUCUCUGUUAUGUGAGGAGGAUUCCAAAGAUGAGUCCUUACUUACCUGGGCCUCCCCGUAUUCUGAAAACCGAGGUUCUGAUACAUCAAGAGCCCGUCAUCGAUCAGCACACGAUGCCCCUGGGUUCCUCAAAAUGUAUAAAAGAAUGCACCGUAUCAAUCGUAAAGACUUGCUCAAUUCUGAGGUGAUUUGUUCUGUAAAGUCCAGAGUAUUGCAGUAUGAAAAAGAGCAACACAGAGCCCUUUGGCAGGGCUGGAAAGAAUCCUCUGCUGAGGAAGUGCCCAGAGAUAUGGUGCCCAAUAGAAUAUCUGAAUUUGAAAAACUAAUUCAGAAGUCCAAAUCAAUGCCAAAUUUAGGUGAGGAAGCAUUAUCAGCAGUAAACCUCCUUGAACCUCCCAGAAACAGUCUGUGCUCAAAGAGACGGUUUUCUAUUGAGUCCUUGCUAGAGGAGGAAAAUCAAAGUAGGCAUGCUGCUCAGGUACAACAGAACUGCAAAUCUAAAACUCUGGUGCCAAUUCAUAUUGAAGUGACCAGUGAGGAACCACAAAGAUCCCAUUUGGAAUAUUCAGAUAGCGACCAAGAUGGAGUGGUCUCUGACCUCAGUGACUUCAUACAGAUAGAAGGAUCCUCUUUUUGUAGCGAAAGUGAUUUUGAUCACUUUUCCUUUACGUCUUCUGAAAGUUUUUAUGGAUCAGGCCGCCACCAUCACCACCACCACCACCAUCAUCACCAUCACAAACAUCUAAUCAGCUCCUGCAAGGGGAGAUGCCCAGCAUCCUACACACGCUUCACUACAAUGCUGAAGCAUGAAAGGGCUAAACAGGAAACGACUCCCGAAGACCCUAGAAGACUAGACCCUGACCCUGGCCUCUCUAAGUUAGCCUUCCUAGUCAGCCCAGUGCCUUUCCGGAGGAAAAAAACCACAGUCCCCCAAAAGAAGGCUGAAAAGACUAAAUGCAGAUCUUCGGUCUUUGAAGCCCUGGACUCUGCUCUUAAAGAUAUCUGUGACCAAAUCAAAGCGGAAAAAAGGAGGGGAAGUCUACCCGAUAACAGUAUAUUGCACAGACUUAUUUCUGAGCUGCUUCCAGACAUUCCUGAAAGGAAUUCCUCCCUUAAAGCUCUAAGAAAGAGCCCUAUUCAUGAGCCUUUUCACCCACUGCCUCAAGAUGGUGCUAUUCAUUGUCCAUUAUACCAGAAUGAAUGUGGAAGAUUACCUCUUAGUGCCUGUUACCAAGACAUGGAUCCCACGAACAACAGCAGCCAAGAAAACGAUAGUGUACUUGGUUUCCAAGUAAACCAGGGAUCUCCUGGGAACUAUUCUUCUGCUUUCACUGAUGUGGGUCGAUGUACUCCAAAGGAAAGAAGAGGAACUCCAGAGAGAGAGAGACUGCCAGCUAAAGCAGUAUAUGAUUUUAAGGCUCAAACUUCUAAGGAAUUAUCCUUCAAGAAAGGAGACACUGUCUAUAUCCUCAGGAAAGUGGAUCAAAACUGGUAUGAAGGCGAGCACUACGGAAGAGUUGGAAUAUUUCCUAUUUCAUAUGUUGAGAAACUCACCCCCCCUGAAAAAGCACAGCCAGCAAGGCCACCACCCCCUGCACACAUUGGAGAGAUUGGAGAAGCUGUUGCCAAAUAUAAUUUCAACGCAGAUACAAAUGUGGAACUGUCACUGAGAAAGGGAGACAAAGUAAUUCUCCUCAGACGGGUUGAUCAGAACUGGUAUGAAGGCAAAUUACCAGGAACCAACAGGCAGGGCAUCUUUCCUGUGUCCUACGUGGAAACCGUCAAAAAGAACCCAGCCAAAGGGGCAGAUGAUUACCCUGUUCCUCCAAUACCCCAGAGUUAUUCCAGUGACAGAAUACACCAUUUAGGUUCAGCUAAGUUGGAUACCAAAGCAUCAUCCCCUCCUGUCAGGUAUCGGUCCUCUCCUUGUCCAGAUCCUAACAAAGGGACUCUUCAGGCUAUCACCACUGAGCGGUCACUAACACUUGGCCUUUCACCUUCAAGUACUCCUUCUCCUCCACCUUUUCCUCACAGCUUUCUUCCUGAUUUAGAGGAACUCAACUCACUAGCAUUAGCAGGUUCUCAGAAUGCACCAAGGCUCAUAGAUAGUAUCACUCCUCAAGUAAAACAUGGCCAUUUUGUUCCAGUUUCCUCACCAAAGACCUCCCAUUCUUUACCUGAAUCUCCUGCUUCAUUUGUGCCAUUUUCUUCAUCUAUCUGUAAAUCGCUGCCUACUGCCACCCAGUAUCAUGACAGAACACAGAAGCCUGUAUCUAAUGGCACAAACCUGAAUGAAGGCAAAUAUAGCAGUUUCGGAAAGAUAAGAGGAUCCCCCACUGUCAAGGAAAGGAAAAGUCUUACAGAUGCAACUGCAGAAAUGCAUGAAGUAGCAGGCACUGCUCUUGUUCUCUCUGAGGAAGACCCAGUAUUCAGAAUACUGACAGAGAUGGAUGAACAGGAAGAGGAAAUCUGUGAAGAGCUGCUGUCAAUAAUUCAAGGGGGGCAGUCAAAGUGUAAAGAUUCAGGAUUCUACAGACGUGCCCCUGAUGUAACAGAACAACUGGCAAGGCUACACAUAGAGGAGGAGCCAAGCCAUGACAAGUUAGAGUCACCAGAAACAAUUAAGAAACAGUCUGUGAUAUCUUAUGAAUGGGAGAGUUCAUCAGACACUAAAAAAGAGCCAGCUUCACUUCCAAUUGGGAUGCAAGCACCUUCCACUUCUGGUGAAUGCCUUGCUUCUAGCCCUCCACUUCACUCAGACAAAGUCUUUCUCUCUGAAUGUGUCUCUACAUCUUCCAAGUCUUCCAAUACCCAUUCACCCCCUCUCCUUUCCAAACUGUCAUACAGACAAGAGAAAAAUUCUACGAAGUUAAAGGCUGAUUUAAAAAGAGAUCUUGUCAUCGGCAAACCUCCUCGUAGCCCUGUUACGACGAGGAGAUCUUGUGGGUCACCUGUCAGAGGCCACAGCUGUUCUUAUAGGCCACAGCGCCCUGUACUUGCUCAUGAAAAUAUACACAGUGGGGGGGAACCGUUUCAGGUUCUGUAUAACUAUACUCCUAGGAACGAAGAUGAAUUGGAGCUCAGAGAGGGAGAUAUCAUUGAUGUGAUGGAAAAGUGUGAUGAUGGAUGGUUUGUGGGAACCUCCAGAAGAACAAAAUUCUUUGGUACUUUCCCUGGAAACUAUGUCAAGAGGCUGUGAAAUUUUGUUUUGUUUAUUUUUUUCCUACUUAUUUAUGCUGCAUCUCUGCAAUACAUCUGCAUAUAAAGCUGCUAGAAAAACAUGCUCCACCAGCCUUCCGUUUUCCUGCUUUGCAAUACCAAGUAGAAGCCAUCUAGUCCAUCUUCACCGCUCCCAUCUUCAUCCGCCAGCCCAGCAGUAUUACCGUUAACGUCUGCAGUGGGAUAACAGCUUUUAUAGGAAAUGAGGAAUUAGUUCAACCUGUAGGACAUUUUUUUUUCCAAGCAUCACAUUUUCUCUGCCUGUUCCCAUUUGAAACACAGAAAUCAGAAAACUACUUAGGAUCAGCAUGAUGCUUCAAGGGAUAACCCAUAUUGUUUGGAGUUUUCACAACGCUAUACUUGAGGAAAGAAAUGUUCGCUGCUUAGAUACAGCCACAUUGCAAUUUCCUACUUUUUAAUUGUUGUUUGGGAUUUUCACACAUUCUUUUUAUGCAUAUGAUACUUUCACUUUGCUGUGUCACAGGUUUGCCUGUCUUACCCAGCUUCAGACGGUAUUGUGCAGGUACCGGAUGCAAAGUUGUAUUUCCUGUUUUAGCACCCAUUAAGGCUGAAGGUGGGGUGUGUACAUCUCUCUACGGUGAGAAGCAGAUGCUUCCAGUGCAGUACAGGGGAAAUGUGGACGUCUUCGUACCUUAAUGAAGUACGUAGGAAAAGCAGGAAACAAAAAUCUCACUUUCUGCAGUGAUGUAUGUUAAGGCUGACAUAGAAUCUCUCUUUGUACAAAGAGGAGUGUACUACCAAUGAAAGGGCUCCGAGUGUGC